AUGGACACACAAGCAGGAAUAUCUCAGAAGGACAUCUAAUGUUAUCCCCGGAUUGUGACAUAAAAGAUGACAGUAGACAGGAUUCUCCAGGAGCUAAUCCCAUUACCCCAAUUAUACAUCCAGCUCUAUCAGCUGAUCCCCCUGAUCCUGGGAGAUGUUCUCCUGGUCACUCUGAUAUUGGUGCAUCUGUUACAGCUCUGAGAGUAGAUACAGUGUUUCCAUGUUCUAUAGAUGCCAAAUGUUUUACAAAGAACACACAGCCUAUUAACCUACACACAGGUAAGGCAGGUGGAAGGCCACUGAUAUGUUCAGAGUGUGGGAAAUGUUUUACAAAGAAAUCACAUCUUGUUAUACAUCAGAGAUGUCACACAGGUGAGAAGCCAUUUCCAUGUUCUGAGUGUGGGAAAUGUUUUGCACUUAAAUCAUAUCUUGUUAUACAUCACAGAAGUCACACAGGUGAGAAGCCAUUUCCAUGUUCUGAGUGUGGGAAAUGUUUUGUACUUAAAUCGCAUCUUGUUAGACAUCAGAGAAAGCACACAGGUGAGAAGCCAUUUUCUUGCUCUGAGUGCGGGAAAAGUUUUACCUGGAAAUCCAAUCUUGUUAGACAUCAGAGAGAGCAUACAGGUGAGAAGCCAUUUCCAUGUUCUGAGUGUGGGAAAUGUUUUGCAUGUAAAUCAGAUCUUGUUAUACAUCACAGAAGUCACAUAGGUGAGAGGCCAUUUCCAUGUUCUGAGUGUGGGAAAUGUUUUGCAUGUAAAUCAGAUCUUGUUAUACAUUACAGAAGUCACACAGGUGAGAAGCCAUUUUCUUGCUCUGAGUGUGGGAAAUGUUUUGCAUGUAAAUCAGAUCUUGUUAUACAUCACAGAAGUCACACAGGUGAGAAGCCAUUUUCUUGCUCUGAGUGCGGGAAAUGUUUUACACACAAAUCACGACUUGUUACCCAUCAGCAAAGUCACACAGGUGAGAAGGCAUUUCCAUGUUCUGAGUGUGGGAAAGGUUUUGCACACAAAUCACAUCUUGUUAUACAUCAGAGAACUCACACAGGUGAGAAGCCAUUUUCUUGCUCUGAGUGCGGGAAAUGUUUUACACAGAAAUCAGUUCUUGUUAUACAUCACAGACGUCACACAGGUGAGAAGGCAUUUCCAUGUUCUGAGUGUGGGAAAUGUUUUGCAUGUAAAUCAGAUCUUGUUGCACAUCAGCGAACUCACACAGGUGAGAAGCCAUUUCCAUGUUCUGAGUGUGGGAAAUGUUUUGCACACAAAUCAGCUCUUGUUAGACAUAACAGAAAUCACACAGGUGAGAUGCCAUUUUCCUGUUCUGAGUGUGGGAAAUGUUUUCCACGGAAAUCACAUCUUGUUAAUCAUCAGAGAAGUCACACAGGUGAGAAGCCAUAUUCCUGUUCUGAGUGUGGGAAAUGUUUUGCACUGAAAUCAAAUCUUGUCACACAUCAGAGAAGUCACACAGGUGAGAAGCCAUAUUCCUGUUUUGAGUGUAGGAAAUGUUUCACACAUAAAUCAGCUCUUGUUACACAUCAGAGAAGUCAUACAGGUGAGAAGCCGUAUUCCUGUUCUGCGUGUAAGAAAUGUUUUGCACGGAAAUCACAUCUUGUUUUACAUCAGAGAAGUCACACAGGUGAGAAGCCAUAUUCCUGUUCUGAGUGUGGGAAAUGUUUUGCACAGAAAUCAAAUCUUGUCACACAUCAGAGUAGUCACACAGGUGAGAAGACAUAUUCCUGUUUUGAGUGUAGGAAAUGUUUCACACAGAAAUCAGCUCUUGUUAUACAUCAGAGAAGUCACACAGGUGAGAAGCCAUUUUCCUGUUCUGAGUGUGGGAAAUGUUUUGUACGGAAAUUAAAUCUUGUUUUACAUCAGAGAAGUCACGCAGGUGAGAAGCCAUUUUCCUGUUCUGAGUGUGGGAAAUGUUUUGUACGGAAAUCAAAUCUUGUUUUACAUCAGAGAAGUCACACAGGUGAGAAGCCAUUUUACUGUUCUGAGUGUGGGAAAUGUUUUGCACAGAAAUCACAUCUUGUUUUACAUCAGAGAAGUCACACAGGUGAGAAGCCAUAUUCCUGUUCUGAGUGUGGGAAAUGUUUUGCACUGAAAUCAAAUCUUGUCACACAUCAGAGAAGUCACACAGGUGAGAAGCCAUAUUCCUGUUUUGAGUGUAGGAAAUGUUUCACACAUAAAUCAGCUCUUGUUACACAUCAGAGAAGUCAUACAGGUGAGAAGCCGUAUUCCUGUUCUGCGUGUAAGAAAUGUUUUGCACGGAAAUCACAUCUUGUUUUACAUCAGAGAAGUCACACAGGUGAGAAGCCAUAUUCCUGUUCUGAGUGUGGGAAAUGUUUUGCACAGAAAUCAAAUCUUGUCACACAUCAGAGUAGUCACACAGGUGAGAAGACAUAUUCCUGUUUUGAGUGUAGGAAAUGUUUCACACAGAAAUCAGCUCUUGUUAUACAUCAGAGAAGUCACACAGGUGAGAAGCCAUUUUCCUGUUCUGAGUGUGGGAAAUGUUUUGUACGGAAAUUAAAUCUUGUUUUACAUCAGAGAAGUCACGCAGGUGAGAAGCCAUUUUCCUGUUCUGAGUGUGGGAAAUGUUUUGUACGGAAAUCAAAUCUUGUUUUACAUCAGAGAAGUCACACAGGUGAGAAGCCAUUUUACUGUUCUGAGUGUGGGAAAUGUUUUGCACAGAAAUCACAUCUUGUUUUACAUCAGAGAAGUCACACAGGUGAGAAGCCAUUUUCCUGUUCUGAGUGUGGGAAAUGUUUUGCACAGAAAUCACAUCUUGUUUUACAUCAGAGAAGUCACACAGGUGAGAAGCCAUUUUCCUGUUCUGAGUGUGGGAAAUGUUUUGUACGGAAAUCAGAUCUUGUUUUACAUCAGAGAAGUCACACAGGUGAGAAGCCAUUUUCCUGUUCUGAGUGUGGGAAAUGUUUUGUACGGAAAUCAGAUCUUGUCACACAUCAGAGAAGUCACACAGGUGAGAAGCCAUAUUCCUGUUUUGAGUGUAGGAAAUGUUUCACACAGAAAUUAGCUCUUGUUAUACAUCAGAGAAGUCACACAGGUGAGAAGCCAUUUUCCUGUUCUGAGUGUGGGAAAUGUUUUGUACGGAAAUCAGAUCUUGUCACACAUCAGAGAAGUCACACAGGUGAGAAGCCAUUUUCAUGCUGUGAGAGAAAUAAAUCCGCUCUUGUUGAACAUAUUAGACAUUACCCAAGUACGGAACCAUUUCCAUCUUCUGGAGUAUAAUUAUCACUGUCGUCCAAUGUUCCUCAAGGGUGAAUCCUAUCUCUUAUGCUUUAUAAAAUAUACAUGCUACCACUGGGUGAGAUAAUCAGACGUCAUGGCCUGGUCUACCACUGCUAUGCUGAUUACCUGCUUUUUGCUCCAUGUACUGAGAACCAAAUACCAAUCCUAGCUGAGCGCCAGGGGUGGAUGAUGCCAGUUGGCUGUGACUCAGUCUUUGUGAAACAUAGUAGAAGCUUCCCAACAAAGGACAAGACUACAGCUUUACCAACCAUCUGGAUUUAUGCUUUGGUGUUCAGAAUUGCAAAAUACUGAACAUGUGCUGAAUCUUUGUGUUGUCCUGGUAUGUGGCUGACACAGACAUCAGGUAUCCACCACAUACAAAUCCACAUUCUUCCAUCUGUGGACCAUAGACAGAAUCAAGCACUUCAUUCCCUCAGAAGUUCAUAGACUACUGCAAUGCCAUCUACCUGGGUCACCCAGCAAAAGAAUUACAGAGCUUGCAGCUAGUACAGAAUGCAGCAGCCAAGCUGUUACCUAACCCGCCCGUUCCUGCCACAUAACACCCAUUCUCUACUCCCUUCACCGGCUGCCUGUAAGAUGGAAAAUCUAUUUCAUAAUUGGCUAACUGACCUUCCCAGCACAACAUUACAUGGUCCAAGGUACUAGAAGCAGCUUCUGCGUCCUUACUGCCCUGCUUACUUCUACAUAUGAAGGACUGUUACCAGCAGUACCAAGAAUCUCCUGUCAUUCAUUUAUGGGUUGAACUUUUAGCUUUGCAGUCCUGACCAUGGAACUCACUGCCUUGCACAGUCCAAAAGACCACCACUCUAGAGACCUUCACAAGCAGACUGGUGACUGCUACUCACACUUUUCAUUAAUGUACCUCUAUUUACUUCCUAAAUAAUACAUCCCAAAUGCUUAGGUCUUUUUUCUGCUGUUUAUUUUGUAUCUUGUUCUUUGUGUAAAUGUGAAUGUCUAAUACCAGUUUCCACAAUCUGUAUUGCUGCACGACAAUAUGGCGGCCAUUGGAACGUGUUUUCACUUCUAGUUUGCCUAACUUGUUGCAGACACUCAUCUUGAUAAGGAGUGUUGAGUGUUUUCUGAUACAAGAUCCUAUCCAUAUAUACCCUGUACAUUACCAUGUGCAUUAGAGUCACCCGGGUUCCAUCUGCGGUGGUUUGUUGUAUGUUACAUCUAUAUGGUGCAGAUACUCCCCUGUAUGAUUUCAUAAUAAAAGCUUUUGU